CGUCUGAAUUUCAGUAUGGAUGACGAUGAAGUUUCAACCUGGCAUACCAAAGUCAAGCCAAAAGCCUUAGUUGUGGGCUCUAUGAUAAAAUACUGUAAGGAUAGACUGAAGGCGCGAGAGGAAAUCAAUGAUUUUAUCAGCGAAAUGAAAGAAGACUUGCAGAAGACGUCCAAGGAUCUCUCCGAGGAGAAGCCCGAUGCGCGAGAAUGGUAUAUCCGGAAGAAGUCUUGCGCAAGCUUCCUGUAUAUAAACCACAGGGACGUGGAACAUUUGAAUCAGAUCAGUGAAGAGGAGCCAAUAGCCUGCUCCGCCUGUAAGAUGGAGUUCCGGGAGGUGGAGACGGAGUACCCCUGCCGCGUGUGUGACAGUGUGUUCCACAAAGACUGCGUGCUGGAAAUGAAGGACAUCCAUCCGUCCCAUAUCGAGGCUGUGGAGAAAGCCAACACAAGCGUCGGAUGGAGCUGCCCAGCUUGUGACGACUUAGGCUUGCUAUUAACAGAAGAAGAACUGCACGACAUUAUCGACACAUUUGAAGAGGAAAUCAAACCUAAAGACGGUCAAAUUUCACCAGGCGAAUUCAAAAACUUCAAGAAAAAGCAAUUGGGCCACCAAUUGUCUGAGGAGGACCAUGAACACUUGGAUCUAGAGUUCCGAUUGGCCGACAGGGAUGGAAACGGGAUCAUUGAUUGGUGGGAAUUCCUAAACUACCAAACGAAAGUGAAACUCGCCAUGCGGGAUCAGAGGGAGCUCGUAGAUAUGCUCACAGAGAAGGAGGUGCGGGUGGCCAAGCUCGCCUUUUCCCACAUGGACGUCAACAAGGACGGUAAGGUGACGGAGCUAGAGGCCAAGAAGGCGUUCAGUGACUACUUCGGCCAAGUGAAUAUGAACGACAGAAGAAGAUGCAGUGUAAUUGAGUCUUAUGCGCGCCAUGCUACAGCUCGCGCCAUGGCCCUCGACAUUAAAGACACAGGAGCUGUAACCUGGCCAGAGUUUUUGAACGGACAAGCCAAGUUCAUUAUUGGAGUCCGCCCAAACCCUACUCAGUGAGGGAGGAUUACCACUACCUAGUGAGGGGGGAUUACCACUACCUAGUGAGGGGGGAUUACCAUCAGAGGAAAGAACCGGGGAUAUUUUAAUUUUUUUUUCAAUGAGUACAAUGUACUAGUAAUCACGUGUGAAAUAUUUCCUAACAGAAAAUAGAUGAUAUAUGACGCACUACAAAAAAGGUUUGCGAAAUCUCAUUCCGCUCUACUGUGUCGACACGUGGUGGAUAAAAUAUAUUUUUUUAAACUCGGUGUAUUUUUAUUCAAACUGAAAUUACAAUUGGACAAUAGCUAUUUUCAUACAUAUUCAUUUUUAGCAAAAAAAACC